AUGCCCAACAAAGACGACUAUAUCUUCAACGAACUCGUUGGAGGGAAGGGCGGUACGGACUUCGGCGACGCGCUAUGGAGUGAUAAACCAGUGACAGAGGUCGAGGCCUGGUACGGCCAUGCAUGGAAUGCGGAUUUCACGGUAUUGAAGGGAUUGAGAGUCCACUGGGGCGACAGGUCAAGCCCAAUGGUUGGCCAUCCAUCGCAUGAGUCGUUGCACACUAGCUAUUCUUUUGCCCCAAAUGAAAGGGUCCGCUGGAUGACGCUGAAUGGAGCCCCGCCAGAGUCGGAGGGUCGUUGCGACGCUCUCAAGUUCGAAGCAGAUAACCCCUUCGCUGCGGGUGGCACUGGCGGCUAUGAACGCCAUGAAAUACCCGGAAAUCACGUUUUCCAUGGUUUUAUCGGAAGGGCGGAAGGAGAUAUCGAUAGCCUGGGAGCAGUUUUCCAUAAGUAA